GAUGAUUUCCCAAUAAUAACAUGUCUUCUUGUAUGCGUAUAUAUAUAGAGCAAGUCAAUGCCUAGCUACUCCAUCCAUCCAUCAUAUAUACAUCAAACCACUAGCUACCUACUAUAAGUGCUUAUUAGCUUGGGAAUAUAUACUUAGCUUAUUCGAGAAAUAUAUAUAUCAUCAUAUCUUUAUUUGUUGUUAAAGUACUACACAAGAUAAAAUGGGGAUCAUGAAACUAGUCGGGAUAUCUGAGGCAAAGAAGAAGCUUGGAAGAACGAUAAACCCGAGGGGAAGGAACAACAACGAGAGUAGCGACGAAGCGGUGGUUCCGAGGGGGCACUUCGCCGUGUACGUCGGAGAAGCACGGCGGCGGUUCGUGGUUCCGAUCGAGUAUUUGGCGCACGCGCUGUUCCAAGAUCUUUUGAGUUGGGCGGAGCAAGAGUUUGGGUAUGAGCAUCCCACCGGCGGGCUGACAAUCCCAUGCACUGAGGAAUACUUUUUAAGCCUCAUUUCCAUUCUCAGCUCUCACCAAUGAUCAUAACACAUUCAUGCAUGCAUAAUUGCUUAUACAUCCAGGGCAAUAUAUAUAGGAAUUCAUAUUAUUGAUCUUGAUCAAUUUUUUUUACCAUGCAUGGGUUAUGGUAAAAUAUGGAUUUAGUACUAAGGUACUGCAUUAUUAAUUAUUAAUAUAUCGCCAAGAUUAUUUGGAAGAGCUGUACUAUAUAUACUUAUAAUGUGACAUAUGAAGUUUCCGUAUACAUUGAAAAUGCAAGUUGAUUGACUUUUAA